CUGUAUAAAUGUACAUAUCAUAUUAACAGUAUAAAUCUAUAUUUUGUUAUUUUCCUUUAUUGAAAAUUUUUAAAGAAAAACAGCYGAGGGUAAUUGAACAUUUAUCGAAAGCGCUAUAAAUCGAAACACUAUUCGCUUCUAACAACAGGUGACUUUCGAAUCGCAAGAAUUCUUACCUCUAGACUAUGUAAACUAGAAAAAGUAUAUCAUAUGCUCCCAUUGYRAUUGAAUAUCACUGAAGCCUGCUUUGAUCAGUGAUGGAUCAUUUAACACCAUUAUUAAGUCARGAAUUCCCCAUCGASGAAGAAAAUGUUGACGUUUCAAAGGUCAAAUUUSUUGGACAUAACAGAAGUGUAAAUUCAGAUAACGAAAGCUUCAAUCACCAAGAUAGUCUAUCAUCCGAUUGUCUUUUGGUUACAAGGACAUCAGCUGGCAUCAAUCAACAWCCAAAUGCACACUACACGAUUCUUAAAGCCCCUUUCAUUUCCAUUGCCAUUUGUGCUGGAUUUUGGCCCACUAGAUUAAGAGRGCUGCAGUUCUUUCUAGUCGUGGUAGGRGUUGUYAUAAAUAGCUACAUWCUCUUSGGUGACAUUUUCGUGUACAAAAUUUGCGCAAAACUUCCAGAAAACGUMGCUGAUGAUCUCAGUCCYUGGUUGUGCUAUGGAGUGGCAUCAUUUAAUAGAACAAACAAAGCGUUUGCGGAAAUGCUACGCCCUGUUCUGUUUACACGUGCAGCCUUUGCCUUCGCACGAUUUUGGGGUUAUGUCCUCAUGGUGUACUCWSUCUUCCUGAUGAUGAGAACUAGGAACACUAMAAUCAUCACAAUUUCUGUUGCCRURAGUUUGUUGACACGAAAGCAAUGGACCAAGCUGAACUUGCAAAUUUUGCUCUCRUUUGUUAUCUGGUUGGUGUAUUUUAUUUCAGCCAUCCAGUAUACUGAGGAAUAUAUCGGCUAUGAWCAUGARGUCGUUCCAAUGAUAAUUGACAGAAUKUCCAUGUGGUUCUACAUUGGAUCCCCUUGCUGGAUCUUCGCKGUAAUYACAUACGCUCUAGAAUCUUUGAUCGAAACUUGCUAUGAAGAAAUCGAACAACUUGAAAAUGGAACAGUGGAAGAUAUCACCGCUAUUUAUCGUCAACUAUGCAAGUAUGUAUUCGAUACCGUCGGUGCUCUAAGAUUCUGGUUUGUYAUUCAUUGGAUCACGUUUGCUGGGAUUUGCGUUUUAGAUGUUGCAGUAGGAUUYAAAGCAGUAGAAAUAGAGUUUGUYAAAAGAAAACAUGGAGUUCUUUUUUGGGUGUUCACAACGGCRUUCGCUAGUUUCGUCCUCCAUCCAUUUCUGUACCCAUCCUURCGUGCAGCAUCGCUGACAAGCACUAGUGACAACAUGUUGGAGAGACUUAAUUUCGUGAAAUGGUGUGACGAGCAUCCACUCAAGAGGCGUCGUGAUACGAACGAGUUUCUUUUAUUUGCUAAGCAGGCGAGGUGUGGCUUUAGAAUYGGUCGACUGACAUUUAAUAAUGGUCUGGCCUGGCUUUCUGUUUUCCUUGGAAUAUUCGGACUAGCUAUCAAGCUGAUGUGAAUACCCUGUACUUUGGCAACCCAUCGCAGWUUGUAGUUWAGCUUUUGWAUUGUAACUGAGAAAUUCAAAGUUUAUAUCCUGCAUCCUARCAUAUMAAAACGAACGUCAUGAGUGAACGGCUUCAGUA